AAAAAAAAAAAAAAAAAAAAAAAAAAAAACAAGAAAAAAAGAUUUUAACAUUGUAUGUAAAUAUUUUUGUGUCUAUCCGAUUUAAUCAAACGCGGUUUCAGUGCCGCGAUCGGUUCGAACGGAAAGUCAUCGAAAACAAAUCACCCAACGCGUUAAAGGCGAGUUUUUAUACAUUGAUCCACACGACGCAACGCGAUUGGCGCACCGUGUAACGAGCGCGCGAAUGAACGACGUCGUUUCGUGCCGCGGAACGGGAGGGUCGACGAUUUUGACGACGACGACGACGACGAUGACGGACAACAACAAUGGCGAAAAAAGAGGGAGACUAUUUUAGCGGGUUAUUCGCUGAACGCGAGAGAAGUAUACGAGCACAGAGAGGGAAACGAACAGAGGCGGAAAGAACCGAACCAGCGCGCGGGGUGUGAGGCGGAAAGGGGGAGAAGGAAGGAGAGCGACGAAGCGCGUAAAGCGUAAGCGACUAGCGCGCGCCGCGGUGUGUGUCGGUCGGUCGGUCGGUCGGUCGUCGCCGCCAUGCUAGUGGUUAGUUUAGUGAACCAAAUAUCAUGAUGUGGCAAAACGUUCGCACGAGCUGAGGUGCCGUAGCCACACCGCGCGCGUUAACCGGCAACGCCGUCGUAAUGUUAUUCACAGCAGCACACUCACGACGUUCGAUAAACACGUAUAAACACGCAACGCGGAAAGUACAAAAAGUAUAUAUGUACACACGACAUAUGUAGUGAGAAAGAGAGAGAGAGAGAGAGAGAGCGAGAGAGGGAAAAUACGCAUACAUAUAUUAUACACGCAGUAGAGAAAAAAACUUAAAGUAGACACACUUUAGCUUGAAACUUCUGAGAGGACCACAGCGGCGGCGACGGGGACGACGACGACAACGCAACGAUAACGACAACGGUGACGACGACAAGCCAACGGUGUUGGUAUCGGUGGUAGUUGUGUGGUGCUCGAAGUAGUAGUAGUAGUGGUUGUUGUUCGGUGCGAGCAAAACGGCGCGCUGUACGACGUCAGACCCGAUGUAAAUCAAAGAGCUUGCCGAAUCGGCACGGCUUUAGGCGUAACAUCGCGCCAGUGAGGAUUGCCGCGGUACGAGCCGCGAGUGACGAGUGCCAACGACGAAUCAGUCUUCAUAGCGCGGCAAGAAGACGGUUAACAGAACACGAUGCUGGAUCCGAGUGUGCUAACGGACUUGGAGGAGCUGACGCUUUGCAGUUGCUGCCAGCAGAAGUACAAUGAAACGGAGCAAUGUCCUAAAUUUCUCAGCUGCAAGCACUAUUUCUGCCUGCGUUGCAUCGAGAAUAAUCUGUUGAAGGGACGUGACUUAUUCUGCGCGCACUGCUGGAAGAAGACGGAUCUUGGAGAUCAGGGUCCGGAUGCUUUACCGACCAACUCACCUCUUCUAGCUCUGGUCAGCAGUUUGUCGCGUCUCAAGAUCACAAAUAACACAUCUAGCAAGCCGGGCGAUAAGGAGAGAAAGAGCGAGAAUUGUCACACGCACGGAAUGCCGUUGGCAUUAUGGUGUGCGACGUGUUGCACGGCGCUUUGUAGAGCGUGCGCUACGCCGCAAGAGCAUCCGGGUCAUCAGAUCAAAUCGCAAACCGAUGCCAAAGAACAGCUCAUAUCCGACGUUCAAUUGGAAUUAGUCGCCGUAGGUAAACUGUCCACGGAAAUUCAAAGACUGGCUAUGCAGCAACGUGAAUUUCUCAUAAAAGUACUGGAGGCUUGCGUGACGCUGAAGACACACGUAGAGACAGAUUUGCAAAACGGUUGGAGUCAUUUUCCAGAACUAACAGAUGCUCGCGAGACUUUGGGAAAAACAAAGGCUGGUCUGCAGAUGAGCGAGACCCCGGGCGAUGUGUACAGUCUGCAUUCGCAGCUUGUUCUCGAGAAACAGAGGCUGCAGUCAAAAUAUCAGGAAAUGCUGCUACAAUGCCAGCUAGAUGAUCUCAUCGGCAAUUCUGGUGUGAUCUUUGAUUUUGCUCUGCUGAAACAAGCGCUGGCGGGCAUACAUACGGGGGAUCCGAUCGUCUCUCAGGGAGUUGGCAACGGCGGUCGCUUACCGAAUCACCUAGCGGCCUCACAAAAUCCGAUACUAUUCCUUGCAAAUUACUGCAUGUCGCAGCUGUACACGCGCCACGUUGUCAGCAAACAACAACACAUGCAGAAUGGCACGAUGGAAUAUCACCAUUCGAGUAUAAUGGCGCCACCGCAACAGGCGCCGCCAGGAUCCGUACACGUUCACCAAGGUCCGCCGCCACCGCCGCCGGGACCAAACCAAGCUCCACAACAGCUCCUCAUUCCACCCGGCUCGCCGUCCGUUAAACCCGUACCGCCUACACCGCCCAAUGCCAUGCUGCACCCACAGCAACAGUCGACAUUUAUGCCGGACGCAGUUGGUACUGGCGGCGCCGGCGGUGGCAGCCUGGUGACCGUCCACUCGUCUCCCCAACCGCCGUCCAAUGCGAUCACGGCGACACUAACGCGCGGCCCGACAAAUCCGUAUCCUCUGUAUUAUUUCAAUAUUGAAGUAAACGGCUCGCCGCACGGCCGCAUCGUGAUCGAGGUGAGACCGGACGCGGCGCCAAAGAUGGCGAAGAAUUUUAGCGUGCUGUCGACGGGGGAGGCUGGUGUCGGCUACAAGGGCUGUACAAUAUUUCAGUGCUGGGAGGGUGAGUCUGUGAUCACAGGCGACUUUGAACUUAACAACGGCCGCGGAGGUCGCAGCAUAUUCGAAGACGGUUAUUUUAUGCCCGAUGACACCAAGUUCCCAGCGGUUAGGGGUGCUGUUGGCAUGAGACGAACGCAGAAACGCCAUGAUAACCUCGGUAUGGUCGGCUCGCAAUUUCGCAUAAUACUACAGGAAAUGCGCGGAUUCACCGGUAUCUUCGGUCAUGUGGUUGAGGGAUUGGAGCUGGUGGAGAAGAUAUCUACGUUCGGUGAUCAGACCGGCAAGCCUACCAAGAAUAUUCUAAUCACGAAGUGCGGUAAAUUGUAACGUUUAUGCUGUCGUCGCUAUCGCGCGGUUUGUUGCAGCAUGGGAUGGAGCUCCGGUAGAUGAGUACAUCCUUUAUAUUGUAUAACGCCGUACACAUACACACACAAACACAAACACAUGUUCUCCCGCUCUAGAUAACCGAAGAAAAGUCGUGACGGUAUCCCCGAAUUGCGCUCUUGAUCGCGCAAGAAAAUCCUAUACGUAAAAAAAGAAAUACAAAAAUAAUAAUAAUAAUAAUAAUAAUUGCGUUAAAAAAUAAUUGUUCGAUACAAUUAAUCGUUGUUAACGUAUAUCGCUGCGCGUAUGUCUUAUAUAUCCGGGGACGCCAUCGCGAUUCGAUUUAUUAGCUCCACGAAAUCCUCGAAUGUUCCGUACGAAUCACGCAACUUAAUUAACUAUUAACAAUAGCGUCUAAAGAUGUCGAAUCUAUUUUUAAAACGUGGGCGCGUGCGAGAAGAAAUAAAAAAAAAAAAAAAUCCAUAUUUUGCUAUAUUGACCGGGAAUCUAAAUAUAAGAUUCUGCUAAACAAUAACGACGAUGAUUGACACAUACAUACGUACCUCAGAGAUCGAUCGUGAUAUCGAUAUGACUUUCUCUAUAUAGUUGAUAUGACGUAUUUGUUUUUUAGAGAGAGAGAGAGAGAGAGAGAGAGAGAGAGAGAGAGAGAGA